AAUGAAGAGAGAGAGACAGAGAGAGAGAGACAGAGAGAGAGAUCAGUUGGUUCUACAGGUUCUGAAGGAUGGCGUUGCUCUUCAUGCUGCUCUGUGCUGUCUCACUCUCUGAUGGGUUUAACAUUGAUGUAUUGAACCCAGAGCAAUUCAUAGGAAAUAAAGAGGACUUUUUUGGAUACAGACUGCUGCAAUAUCAGUCUGACAAGAUGAAACAAAUUAUCGUCAGCGCUCCAUUAAGCGCAAACAGAUCAGGAGCGAUUUUUAAAUGCACAGUGGAGAAGGGAAACUGCAGCCAUUUGUAUCAGCCAGACUUGAAGGCGAUCAGGUUCUUUGGGAUGUCGAUGGCAGUGAGGACGUCUCCAUCAGCCACGCUCACUAGUUGCAGUCCGAGUUUCACUCAUGAGUGUGAUGGAAACUCAUAUCUGAAUGGAAUCUGUUACCAGUUCAACAGCAAGCUGAACACCGUCACCAACAUCGCCGCUUUCCAAGAGUGCACGAGGGGUAAAGUGAACCUGGUCUUCCUUUUCGAUGGCUCCAGCAGCAUGCAAGCCUCCGACUUUGAUAAGAAUAAAAAAUUCAUAUGGGACGUUGUAACAAAACUCAAAAACUCAUCCAUCGAGUUUGCUGCUGUUCAGUUUUCUAAGACAUUCAGUACAGUUUUCACCUUUAAAGAUUAUGUUAAUGGCAUGGCGAAGAAGAAACUUGAUGAAGAAAAGCACAUGAAGUCACUCACGAACACACACAAGGCCAUUGACUUCACCCUUAAGAAUUUGUUUAAUAAUGUGGAGUCCGGUGCAGAUCCUGAGGCUACUAAAGCCCUGGUCAUCAUCACAGAUGGAAGUCCUUCUGAUAUAAACACUAACGAGAUACAGCGCUGUGAGAAACUCAACAUCGCUCGCUUUAUCAUCGGGGUGGGGAAAAUAGACAAUUUUGAGAAGCUGAAUAAACUUGCCUCAGAGCCGAAAGAGAGCAACAUCUUCAGGAUUGAAAACUACGAUGGACUAAAUGGACUUCUGGAUAAACUGCAAAAUAAGAUCUAUGGCAUCGAGGGAGCUCAGGGAAGGAACUAUAGAGAAGAGCUGUCUCAGAGUGGAUUCAGUGCUGCCAGUGACAAGGACACUCUCAUUCUGGGAGCUGUUGGAUCUGAUAAUUGGCGUGGAAUGCUGUAUGAGGUUACAGGAUCCGAAGCUGGGAUGGAAAUCAAAGACGUAAACCUAAAUAAUGACUCGUACAAUGGUUACUCUGUUGUGGUUGGACGGAGAGACAGAGUUUCUCUUGUGUUCUCUGGAGCACCAAGAUCUAAUCACAGCGGUCAGGUGACUCUGUUUAAAAAGAUGACCCACAAAUGGGAAGCCAUGAGCAACAUCUCUGGAGAACAGAUCGGCUCGUAUUUUGGUGGAUCAGUGUGUGUGUUAGACCCGAACUCCGACAACAACACUGACUUCCUCGUGGUUGGAGCUCCGCUGUAUUACAAACCUCAUCCUCAGAGAGAGGGACGGAUAUACAUCUACAGACUCACACAGCAGCUGAAGUUGGAGAAGGAGUUGGAGAUAAGUGAAUCAGCUCAGGGUCGGUUUGGGAUGACUCUAGCUGCUGUAGCAGAUCUGAAUGGAGACCAGCUGCAGGAUUUAGCUGUUGGAGCUCCACUGGAAGACAAUCAAAAAGGAGCCAUUUACAUUUACCUCGGCAACCAUGAACACGGCAUCCGCCCCAAGUACAGCCAGAGAAUUGCGGCAAGUUCCAUCUCUAAGCAGCUUCAGCAUUUCGGUUUGGCGAUCGAUGGUGUGAUGGACAUGGGACAGGAUGGUCUGACGGACAUUGCUGUUGGAGCACAAGGGACCGUUUUACUCCUGAAAACUCGGCCGGUUGUGUCCAUAUCAGUGAAGCUCAGUUUCUCUCCUUCUGAAAUCAGCCUGAAUAAGUUCGACUGCCUGGGCAGCUCGGAAAAUGCAUUUGCCAUCAUUACUCUGAACACCUGCUUCAGUAUGACAGAGAACACCAACAGCAAAGGGGCAGUGAAGAGUGGUCUGAACGUGUCGUUGGAGCUCAAUGCUGAUGCUGUGAGACAGGACAGUCGGGCGUUUUUCAUUAAGGAAGAGAAGACGUCCAGGAGUCUGGUGAUGUCUGUGCUGCUGGACUCAGAGUUUUCCUGUUACAACCAUACAGUCUAUAUGCACAGCUGUGUGAAGGACACAGUGUCUUCGGUGUUAUUCCGACUCAACUUCCACCAGUCUGAUCAUCAGCCGAACAGCUCCAACUCCAUACUCAACAUCGACAGCAAGACCACGGCUCAUGUAGAGGUUCCCUUUCAGAUUAACUGCAAAAACAGGAGCUGUGUAUCAGACCUGCAGCUGGACUUUAACUUCCUGAACAGCACAUUGCUGGUGGUGGACCAGGCAUCUUUUAUCAUCCAUGUGACUCUACUGAAUAAAGGAGAUGACUCGUUCAACACCAGCGUGGUUCUUUUCUACCCUCCUGGAUUAUCACUCUCGAUAUUCAAGACCAUUGAGUGGAACAGAAGGACUCUGAGCAGUUGUGGAGAUCGUGAUGACGGAGCACUGAAUAAAACCACCUGCAGUAUCAGUUUACCGGUUUAUCGCAGAGACACGCGUGCCGUGUUUGAGGGUGUGUUCCGCAUCUCACACUAUUACAACUGGACUGACAGCAUGCAGAUGACACUCGUGGCCAGCAGUGAUAACAAUGGAAAUACAAGUAUCACCACAGUGACGAAGACUUUGCCUGUUCAGUUUAGUGUAGAUGUGGCCAUCAGCCCUGUUCCUGAGCUUUGUAAAACAUAUCUGAAUUUAUCUUUGGAAGAUAAAGGCCCAAAAAAUAUCACUCUUGUGUAUAAGGUGAGUAAUCUGGGACUAAAAGAUCUGCCUGUAGCAGUAAGCUUCCGGAUGCCAUCUCAGACAAACUUGCAUGAUCUGCACAAUCACACCAUCACUGUGUCUCAGAAUGUUACAGCCUGUAACAUCGUACCGCCUGAGAAACAUGCAGACUGUCCAUUUAAGUGGUGUGCGAACUUCAUGUGUCAUUCGUUCUCACUGGAUCCCCGGUCUGCUGUCCAGUUUGAGCUGAGGAUGCUCAUCAGCUUCCCUAAUAAACAACAAUACACAGGGAAAUUUUCUUUCAGUGAGUUUAGGAAGGAAGAUGAUUUUUCUGUCUUUGCUCAGCUGGUCGUUGAUAAAAAGCUUUAUCAUCAGAUAUCCAGUGAGAACGACACAAGCAGAUUUCACCAGGCUAAGAUCAGUGUGAAAGCAGAGCUGGUCAUUCCUCCUAAUAUGAUUAUGAUCAGAGGAACAGGUGGAGGAGGUGGAUUUCUCCUGCUCAUCAUCAUCUUCAUAGUGCUGUUGAAGUGUGGUUUCUUUAAGCGUACACGUCAUGAAUUGUGUGAAGAAGGGAAUGAGAACAGUGCUGAAGAAGAAGAUGAAGUGUGCAGUGCUGAAACAAAUGGAAAGAUGGAAGAAUGUCCUUCCACAUCUGAAGAGAAACCGUUCAUCCCCGCUGGAGGAAACAAUGUUGUGUCAGAAAAUGGAGGGAGGGAGAAUGGAGAAAUGGAGAAAGGAGAAAGUGUGGAGUGAAAAGUCUUCACUGAUUGAGCUACUGAUUGUUUAUUAGCAUGAUUCAACUUCUUUAGCUUAGCUACAGUCCCCUCUGAAAAUAUUGGAACAGCAAGGCCAAUUCUUUCCUUUUUGUUAUACACUGAAGACAUUUGGGUUUGAGAUCAAAAUAUAUGAAGAUUUUAUAUGAGGUAGAUCAGAAUUUCAGUUUUCAUUUCCUGAUAUUUACAUCUAGAUGAGUUAAACAUCUUUUUGGUGGCAGACCACCAAAUUUUUUGUGAACAAAAAUAUUGGACCAUGUGACUGACAGGUGUUUCUUGUUGCCCAGGUGUGCCGUGUUAGUGAAGUGAAGUGACGUUUAGCCAAGUGUGGAGACCCGGAAUUUGUGCUCUGUAUUUAACCCAUCCAAGUGCGCACACACACCCGGAGCAGUGGGCAGCCUUUUUGCUGCGGCGCCCGGGGAGCAGUUGGGGGUUCGGUGCCUUGCUCAAGGGUCUCACGUCAGUUGUGGUAUUGAGGGUGGGAGAAAGCAAGGCAUUUUGAAGCUGAGAAAAGAGGGAAAAUCUAUCAGAGCCAUUACACAAGCAUUGGGCAUAGCUAAAUACAACAAUUAGGAAUAUCCUGAAAAAGAAAGAAACAUUUACAGUUACAGUUAGAAGCCCAGUAGACACCCUUAUCCAGAGUGACAGAGGAAAUAUAGUAAGAAAAACACAGACAACACAAUAUUUUUUUAAAUAAAGUGCUAAUUUAUGUAUUCCAUGAACAGGUAGAUCUUUAGUCAUUGUUUGAAGUCUGCCAGUGACAUCUAGGAGAAAUUCAUUCUACCACCGAGGUGCCAGAACAGAGAAGAGUCUUGAUGACUGUAGAGUCUGAAUAGAGCAGUACUAGAGGAUCAGAUGGAGCGUGGUGCUGUGCGGGAUGUGAUAAGUUCCUUGAGGUAAGUGGGUGCUGGUCCGUUUUUGGUUUUGUAGGCGAGCAUCAGUGUUUUAAAUCUUAUGUAGCAGCUAUAGGAUGCCUAGCGUAGCAAUGGGGUGGUGUGGGAGAAUUUGGGGAGGUUGAGAAAAAGUCGUGCAGCUCCAUUCUGGAUCAGUUGCAGAGAUUGAAUGGCACUCAGAGGCAGAGAUGCCAGGGGCGAGUUGCAGUAGUCCAGUCUCGAAAUGACAAGGGACUGAACAAGCACCUGAGUGGCCUGUGGGGAGAGAAAUGGACGAAUCCUUCUGAUGAUGUGGUCUGAAUCCUUCAGACCUGCAAACGAGUCAUCAGCAGUAAGAAUCAGAAAACCAGAUUGAAAUUCCAGAGAAUACUUAAAUGAGCCACAAACAUUCUGGAACCAAGAAUAACCUCUACCAAAGUGAUGGAAAGGCCAAAGUGUGGAGAAAGAAAGAACCUGCUCAUGAUCCAUAACAUACGAGCUCAUGGGUGAAGCUUGGUGGAGGUAGUGUCAUGGCUUGGGCUGCUUCUGGAAUAGACUCACUAAUAUUUAUUGAUGAUGGAACUCAUGAUGAUAGCAGCAGAAUGCAAUGAAAAGAAGAAUGCAACAGUUUGGUGACGUCAGUGGAUCACCGGCUCGAUGCAGUUAUUGCAAUGUUAUUUACUUUAAUUUACUUUAGUACUAUCUGUUCCUAUAUUUUUCCUCACAAAAAAUUGAGUGGUCGGCUACCCAACUGCUACCCAAUGCUUCCAUGUUCUAAGUUGUUUAACACGUCUAGAUAUAAAUAUGCGGAAAUGAAAGCUGAAAUUCUGAUCUAUCAUCUCAUAUUCAUCUUUUGAUCUCAAACCCAACAUGUCUUCAGUGUAGAGCAAAAACAAUAGAGUUGGCCUUGUGUUCCAGUACUUUCAGUGGGGACUGUAUAAUGCUGUAUUUGUAACUCUGUGUUUCAUUUAUCAUUGCAGUAUAUUUACUUUUGUAUAAGAGCUUAUCAGCAAAAAUAUCUUAUCUUUUAUUCACUGCAUCAAUUAAUUAAUUGACAGGUAUAUUUACUCAUCUAUUAUUCAUAUAUAUUUACUCACUCAUCAGAUGCAGCGAAUGUGCAGUGUUUAAAUUUACAAUCCCAGAACUAUGAUGAUGAAUAGUCACUAUAUCAGAACUCCAGAACCUCAGAGGAGAUAUAAUAAUGUGUCUGUAUGAGUGUUUUUAUUGCGAGGGUUAGGAGGCUGCCAAUAUGGUGGUUAUCAGUGUUUUACAACAAAAAAAAAACAAAUUUUUGGAUAUAAGAUUAUUUUAGUUUAAUAAAAUUGUUUAUAAAAUAAUAGAGUGUAUAUAGAGUGUUUAUAAAAUUAUUUUAAGGAAACAAGGAAAUUUUCUAAAAGUGAAGAAUUUGAAUUAUUUUAAAGUCUUUUAAACCCCUGACUGGGCAGAUACAGAGAGUGACCACUAGAUGGUGGUGGUCAUCUAAUUUUCCCAGACAGAAACUGCUGGAAGAAAUUAUUAACUCCUGAAAGUUAGAUCACAAAUUUGCAGUGCAUCAUGGGUAAAAGUUCAUGUCACCUUAAUACAACUUAAUAUUCAGACCACCAAUUAAAGAUAUUGUAAUAAUAACCAGAAAUACCAUACUUAUUACUUAAAUAACAACUUGGAUAAAAGUUUAUUAAAUGUGCCUGUUUUUUUAUUUUUUUUUUAAAAAAAACAGUCUUAUGAGAAGUCAGGUUAUGAGUUUGUUUUAUGAGUAAUGUUUUUUGUUUCGAAUAAAACUUUAUUUUCUCUGAAAUGUAUUAAUGAAAGUUUAU